AUGCCUUCAGCGAUAACUGUGGAGGACGGAGUAGCGCUAGGAGUUGUGGACAAACCAGAAGUCUCUUCUGAGGAAGAGCGGCUACUGGUUCUUAUGUUUGAUGUUCCUCUAUCAGUUUCGGUGGUGCCGGAUGCUGCGCUUGUUGUCUGCUGGUCACCUGAUUCAGGAAUUGUUACUUCUAACGAAGAUGUGCUGGUAGUGCUGCCCAUGGAUACUUCUGACGUGGUGCUACCUGCUCCUGCAACGCCACCCGUGGAAGAAGAAGUGCUGGCAGUGCUUGUCUCUGAUAACGCAACUGAUGGGGAGCUUCCUUUCUCUCCAAUCCUAUUCGGACUAGAAGUUAUUGUGACUUCUGAAGAAGAUGGUAGUGUAGUUCUGAUCUCCAUUUUAGACGGAGAGCUACCUAUCCCUUCAGUGCCCUUCGUGGGAGACGUCGUGCUGGUGGCGUUGGUUCGCGAUGAAACGUCUGGCGGAGUGGAAGCUAUCGCCUCCACGCUGCUGGAACUUGAAGAGAUGGUCACUUCUGAAGAAGGCGUGCUGCUUAUUGUGCUUUGUGAUAGCGUACUGGGAGUCGCGGUAACUUCAGGCAUCGGACUACUUGUUCUUUUAGCUCCCAUUAUUUCAGUAGUGACGGUAGCUGUUGCUGGAGUAGCGCUAGGAGAUGUUGUAACAUCUGAAGAUGCUAUACUGGUAGUGCUAUCCCCUGGCAAAGUGCUCUCUAUUUUUUCGGUGCUGCUAAGGCUGGGAGCGGUUACUUCUGGAGAAGGCUUGCCAGUAAUUUCUUCUGUAGUUGUUCCAGCUAUCUCUUCUACUUUUCCGGAAGAAGUGCUGGUGAUUCCAGUGCUGGAUGACAUACUGACUGUUAUUUUUGCAACUGAAGGAGUUGAAGCUGUCGCCUCAGAGCUUUCCCGACCUUUGGUGCUUAGAGAAGGCGAGCUGGUUUCUGCAAUUUCGGCGGUUGUUCCUUUUCCGCUAGCUGUAACAGGAGGAACUCUGAACUCUGUAGAUGGUGCACUGGUUCUUGCUUGUGAUGAAGUGCUAGUUGUGAGACUGUCGGUUAUUUCUAUCCCAGUGCUACUUGUUUCUUCACCGCUACUUGUUCCAGUAGUAAGAGUGACCUCUGUAGAGGGUGUGCUGGUCACUUUCGUCAUUUUGGAAGUUGCGCCAGUUUUUCCUUCAGCGCUACCUGUGCUAGGAGUAAUUGUAACUUCAGAACUGGAUGCGCCAGUGGUUUUGGUCUCAAAUGGUAAUUCCGACGCUGGGCUGGAUUUGGCUUCAAUGCUACUUGGACUCGUCGUGAUAGAUACUUCUGGGGUAGAUGUGCUAGUGAUUUUGGUCUCCGCUGACACUUCUGAUAUUGUGCUUACUGUUUCUUUAGAACUAGGAGUAGUAACUUCUGACAGUGUCGUGCUACCUGUCCCCUCAACGCUACCUUGGCUAGGCGUGACACCUGUCUCUUCAGCGCCACUU